AAUAGUAGAAGAUAGAAGAAAGAAAAAAAAUCAGAAAGCUAAUGGCGACGACGGAGAUGAACGAGAAUCUGAUCAACUCCUUCGUCGAGAUUACUUCAUCAUCAAGAGAAGAAGCUACCUUCUUCCUCGAAAGUCACCGUUGGGAUCUUGACUCUGCCGUUUCAACUUUCCUCGAUAACGAUGCCGCUGCAGCCGCAGCCGUCGUACCAAACCCUACCGGACCACCACAACCGACUUCUUCGGUUGCCGCUGUACAAUCUCCUUCUCAAUCUCACUCCCCCGAUUACACUCCUUCUGAAACCUCUCCUUCUCCUUCGCGAUCACGAUCACCAUCUCCGUCUUCUCGCGCUGCUCCUUACGGUCUCCGAUCGAGAGGCGGCGCUGGAGAGAGUAAGGAAGCUGAGAAUCCUUCUGGGAGUAGAGGUACUAGGAGCCGUCAACAAGCUGGGAAUAUCCGUACGUUCGCCGAUCUGAACCGUUCUCCUGCUGAUGGUGAGGGCAGUGAUUCUGAUGAGGCGAAUGAGUAUUAUACUGGUGGAGAGAAGAGUGGGAUGAUGGUGCAAGAUCCUAAGAAGCCAAAAGAUGUUGAUGCACUAUUUGACCAAGCUAGGCAGGUAGCUGUAGACAGACCUGUUGAAUCAUCAAGAUCAGCUUCUAGGAGCUUCACUGGAGCUGCACGAUUGUUGUCUGGUGAAACUGUUUCCUCUACUCCUCAGCAACAACAGCAAGACCAGCCUCAGAUGGUUAUGCACACCAUCACUUUCUGGUUGAAUGGUUUCACCGUUAAUGAUGGUCCGUUGAGAGUGUUUAAUGACCCGGAAAACAAAGACUUUAUGGAGAGCAUCGUAAAGUCAGAGUGCCCCCAUGAACUUGAACCUGAAGAUAGAAAGAUCGGUGUUCAUGUCGACCUUGUCAGGCGUGAAGAAAAUUUCACAGAACAACCAAAACCCAAAACUCCAUUUCAAGGUGUAGGAAGAACUCUAGGAGCAAGUGGAUCCGGAUCAAGUUCAGCUGCUGCAGAACCACAAACCUCAUCCGCCCCAAUGAACACAGCACCAGCACCAUCAAGAGGGCUAAUAGUAGAUCCAGCAGCACCAACUACCUCGAUCCAGCUCAGAUUAGCAGACGGAACACGCCUCGUCUCCAGGUUCAAUAACCACCACACUGUCAGAGACGUGCGUGGGUUCAUCGACGCUUCAAGACCCGGCGGCUCCAAAGAAUACCAGCUACUAACCAUGGGGUUCCCUCCUAAACAACUGACAGACUUGGACCAAACCAUCGAGCAAGCCGGCAUUGCUAACUCAGUCGUCAUCCAGAAAUUCUAGACUUACUAAACAUCCCUCUCUGUUGGUUUUAAUUGGUUUUCGAACCUUAUGAUAGCUGACUUGAACCAUUUGGUCAAUGCUCCAAAGGCCUUGGAUAAUUUUUAGAUUCAUCAAACCUCUUUUCUUCAGAUUUAUUAGUCAGUUUUAAUUAUUUAUUUCA